GCGCGCACGCGUCUCAUAUGCUACGCUUCAGUGCGCUCAGAGGGGGAUAAGUGGGAGCAGGAGCGCAGGAAGACGGCAGUACUGAGGCACAUCCAGCCCAAUAAACUUGUCCUUCCUGAGGUCCGCUGCAACCUGCUUCCACGAGGCGCAAAAAUCCUCCUCCACAUCCAACGGUUUAAAGAUGGAUCACAGUUUCCUGCCUCGGGUCAUGUGGACCGGUGAUGGUAAACUCCUCCAGCAUCCAGCUGACCUCUACACCAGUGUGGUCGUUACGCGCAGCGUCCCCGCAGGAACGUCCUUCGGCCCGUGCGUGUUCCAAAGCACCUUCUAUGACACCAUUGCGUUCAUAGCGCAGAAAUCCUGCGACAAAAGAGCGAAACCCUACGUUUUCAGGGUGGACCCCGAGGUUAUGCGUAAUUCUGCACUUGUGCUGUCUUGGCUACGGCUCGUCCAAGCAGCGCACAAUAGAGAGGAGCAGAACACAGAAGCCUUUGUGAAAGCGGGUCAGCUGUACGUACGCACCACCAGGGACAUCCAUCAGGACGAAGAGCUGCUGGUGUGGUACGACCAGGAGCUGUCUCACCUUUUGGGCUUCACAGAAAUAACCAGAGGGCGGACUGAAGAGCUCAGAUGUGACAGAUGUAACCAGAACUUCAACAACGAGUAUCCUUUCUUGGCGCACUGCCGAUUCCUGUGCGUCCAGGUAAAGCACGACACCUGGCGACGGGAGAUUUACGACCACAAACACGUGGAACAGAAGAAACCCCAUCGAGUGACGGAUUUCCACAACAUCGCCAGAGAUCUAGAGCACAGAAAAUCUGGGAGCAACGAGGACGCUGAGGUUUCCCCAAAGAAAAAAAAGCAAGAAGACUCGCUUUAUCCCAAAGGCAGGAAAAAUGUUCUGCUUGAAAAAACUAAUAUUUCCGAUAAUAUUACACAGCUGAGCAGGGGCUACGAGCACGCUGCUGUGGACACGCCUGCCUCUGCGGUUAAAAUAAAAGCUGAUAUCAUGAAAUCGGACCAUUUGGGGUGUAAACUUGGCGCUUUUGUUGAAACGGGAGAGACCAAAGGGACUUUUACGCACGACGGGGAGAUGGAGGUGGCGGCAAGACAGAGCUCCGGCGUGCUCUCAGCCAGCAGCAGCGCUUUUUCUCUGGUCCUGUCCAACCGUCAGUGUGAACUUAAAAGCGCUUUCUGCAAACCGACUAAAACAACUUCUCCCAAUGAGGCGCCGACACAUCUGAGCGGCGCGACGACAGCGCCCUCUAGCCGCCUCGACAAAAUGACAGACGUGUUCAGCCCCGGUACUAUUAUGGGAUACAAUCUGAUGGCUUCCACCAUUCCGGGCGGUGACGUGCAGACUGCGCCCACCCCGGUGACACUCAGCGCUCCUUUCCAUUACGCACCGGAGCACUGGUCCAGGCACAUGGGCGCACAGCUGCAGAGCGCCUCCUCCUCGCUCACCAUCCUGCCGCCGACUUUCACUUCGUUCGGUGUAUCGGUGCAGAACUGGUGCGCCAAAUGCAAUCUGUCCUUCCGCAUGACCUCCGACCUCGUCUUCCACAUGCGCUCACAUCACAAGAAGGAGUUCGCGGCGGAGGCGCAGGUGAGGAGGCGCAGAGAGGAGAAGCUCACCUGCCCGAUCUGCCACGAAUAUUUCCGAGAGCGACACCACCUGUCCAGACACAUGACCUCUCACAACUGAGGACAAAAACUUAUUUAUUUUUAAACGAAAAAGCUUGUAUUUAAGAACAUAUGAUGUUUCCAGGCUGAGACUUUGGUUUAUGAAUGUAGCUGUAAUUGCAACACACACACACACACACACACACACACACACACACACACACACACACACACACUUUUUAAAACAUAAUUUGUGCCUUAUAUAUUGUGAUCAGGCUGGAACAUCUUGAGGACGACUAAGGAUUGUGAUGGCGCAUCAUAAUUAUCAUUUUAUCUCUGCUUUCAUUCCAAAAACUAAAAUAAUCUAAAUGAAGCAAGAGUUUCUUUUUUUUUUUUCAACUUUAUGUCCGACGUGUCAUUUUUGUUUCCUCCUGUAGGCGGCAACAGAGACUACUUUUUAACUCCAAAAUGGUUCGAAAUCUUUAACAGUACCAUAUGACCUUUAAAUAUUUAGAGGGAAAAUGCAGCUGCCAUGUUUGAAACAAUAAUUCCACUCAACAUUUGAGCAAAGUGAUGGAGAAAAUGAGCUGCAGACGGGAUGAUGAAAGGUAGAGGCAGUGAUCCACAGGUCUCUCAAAAAUAAAUCAGCUCUUUUUAAAGGUUUCACAGUCCUGCUGUGAAUGUUCGAUUUCUUUUUGCUCCACAGCCAGCAGCUCGGGCUCAGAUGGAGCUGCAGUAAAUAGAUGUCUCUGUUGCAGGUAAAUGAGGCGGUGCAGGCACAAAGUGCAUGGGAAAGUCAAGCCUCAACCCUACAUCAAAGUUCAGACUCUGUGGUGUUAAAAAACCACCCAAACUACAGUUUAAACACGUUACUUUCAUCACACUCCAAACUGAUUAGACAGAGAGCACAUUAUUAUUAUUAUUUAAAAGUUGUGCUUAAGUUGACCGUCAUUACUCAAACAGUAACACGAAAGUCUUAAGUAUCUUAUUGUAUGUAUUUUUGGUGUUUUUGUGAAAUUGAAUGUGAAAUUUAUUAUUCAAGAUAAGAUAAGAGACUUUAUUUGUCAUCGUAUCUGGAUACAAUGAAAUUUGUUUGGUACUCCAAGACACUAGCAACAAGAAGUGUGCG